GCUGUGUGUGAUGUCAAUUGUCAAACCGCAAAGCAAACGUCAAAACUCAUAUCAUGAUCAUGAAAUGAAAUCAAAUUUUACGCAAAUUCUCAAAAAAAUCUGUCAAUCGCAGAUCGCUAUUGUUAUUUUUUACUGAUUGAUUUGUCAUCAACUGCACUCGAAACUACGAAAAUUGAACUCAACAUAUCGUGACAAAAGUAAAUUUGAUCGGGCCAGUGUUCACCGGAGCCGAGAGCGGCGAUGCCGGAGUGAGCGGCGCGGCGGCACCAUGGACAGCGUGUGGAGCGCGGAGGACGAGGCCAUCAUCGCCACCAACACGGACGCCACGGAGUGCAAGCGCUGCGCCGUGGAGCUGGGCUACUGGAAGGACGAGUACAUCUGCUACUUCGCCAAGCGCGGCGAGCGCAAAGCGCCCGAGAUCAACCGCGGUUACUACGCGCGCGUGCGCGCCAUGGAGAUGUUCAUCCACCAGUUCUUGGAGCGCUGCGGGACCAAGUGCCAGAUCAUCAACCUGGGGUGCGGCUUCGACACGCUGUACUGGCGCCUCAAGGACACCACACAGGCCGUCAGCAACUUCAUAGAGCUGGACUUUCCGGCCGUCACCAGCAAGAAGUGUCACAUCAUCAAACGCAACAAGCAAUUGCUGGAGAAAAUUUGCAAAGAAGAUCGGACUGGCAGUGCCGCCCGUUGUGUACAUUGGUCUCCCGCAGACGGCGAGGUGGCGCUGCGCGGCGGCGAGCUGCACGCCGACGGCUACCACCUGCUGGGCUGCGACCUGCGCUGUCCCGGCGAGGUGCGCCGCAAGCUGGCGGCGGGCGGCGCGGCCGGCGCGCUGCCCACGCUGCUGCUGGCCGAGUGCGUGCUGGUGUACCUGCGGCCCGACGCCGCCGACGCGCUGCUGCGCGAGCUGGCGGCCGCCUUCCCGCGCGUCGUGCUGCUGGUGUACGAGCAGUGCAACCUGGCCGACCGCUUCGGCGCCGUCAUGCGCGACCAGCUGGCGGCGCGCGGUGUGCCGGCGCCCGCGCCCGCCACGCACGCGCUGGCGCCGCCGCAGCAGGCCGCGCGCCUGCUGGCGCUGGGCUUCGACGCGGCGCGCGCCUGGGACAUGGACGCCGUGUGGCGCGCGCUGCCCGAGGACGACCGCGCGCGCGCCGAGCGCCUGGAGAUGCUGGACGAGCGCGAGCUGCUGCUGCAGCUCAACCGCCACUACGCGCUCACCGUGGCCACGCGCGGCGCGCUCUUCGCCGACCUCGACCUCAACGCGUAGCCAGACGAGCGACUCGACCGAAGCGCACUUGUCGAUAGGCCAACUGGACCUCCGAGAGUUAAUCCGUUUUCGCUAUUGUUUAAGUAAUUUCUAUACUAUAGUUCACGGUCGCAAUGGGUUCCGCCGACGAGGUGACGGUUGCUAGAACGGUCCAGUCCAACAUAUAGUAUGCUGUGAGCAAGAGAUGAAUGUACUAAAUUAGCCCAAACUACUCGGACAGCUCCCAGCGGUCGCCGGCACUGCACCGCUCGCUCCGUCUUUUAGAUGUACUCCGUUUUAUUGAUACUACUAAGUGUUAAAUAUUUAUUUAUAAUAUAUAAAAUGCCGUAUUUGAAA